AUGUUGAUCACAGCAGACAAAUUUGAAGAGAUGUAUGGGGAGAUAUGUAACAUAAGUCAAGGGAAAGGGAAGCGUUCGGUACAAAUAUUUAUAGCCCCGACUGUUGAUGCCAUUGUGUGUUACAAGAUACUUACAAUGCUCUUUCAAUGCGACGGAAUUCUUCACACUGCGAUUCCGGUCAACAACCAAGACACAUUGGUCCGUUGUUUUAAAGAUGCUUUAAAACAUACUGACGUUCAUUCUGUCAUCUUUAUCGACUGUGGAGCAAAUUUAGAUAUUGAAGAGAUAGUCCCUGAGACGUUAGAGAUAUCGGUGUACGUCUUAGAUUCUCACAGACCAUUUUACCCCAAAAACGUCUCUUCGCAACACAUUCAUUUACUGACUCAUCUGGAGUAUUUGCAGAUCGAAGACCAACCACAAAAUGAGAAGGCGGAUUUGAUCGAAGGCUCUGAUGACUGUAUGGGGUUAUUAGAGCCUGAAAAAGAAACACCCAUUGACUAUAUUAGGAAGACAACAGUAACUACUGGAGAGUUCUUUUCGGAAAGUGUAGCCCGUGUAGCUCUUGGUAUAGCCAUGAAAAUCAAACGCGUGAGUAAAGUGAUGUAUUGGUAUGCUGCGAUAGGUUUAGCGGACCAAUAUGUCACUCUCAAAAUAAAUGCAAAGACGUACUCAAAUGCAAUGGACUUUUUUAGAAAGAGUCUUAAAUUAGAGAUACUGGAAAGCACUGAUUUGCUUCAAACAGUGAAGACAGAUAUGUGCAUUAAAAUGGAUUGUCAAUUGAUGUUAUUACGCCAUUGGACUCUGUACGACUCUUUAUUCCACACAAGAGAAAUAGCCUCAAGGCUUGGCAUAUGGAACAGUCGUGGGAAAGAGAAAUUUGAUGUUUUAAUAGCGGAUAUGGGUAUUCCACUCGCACAAGCCAAACAGAAUUAUAGAACAAUGGGCCUCGAAAUGAAGAAUAAGUUCUUGUCGAAAAUCGAUGGGUACGCGAAGUACUACAAAUUCGAGAAUAUGUUCCUCCCGGCGUUUUUCAGAAAGCACGGGUCGGACUACACCAUAAGCGCUAUCGACGCAACCUACGCGAUUUCGACGGUGAUCACAAAUGACGAAGAAGACAAAACGUGGCAAACGCAGUUUUGGGAGGGGUAUAAGUUGGUAUCUUCUGACAUUGCAGAGGCAUACAAACCAGGUUUUGAGAAGUGCAUUGAAGUCAAUAAAGUGAUGGUGGAGACGGGGAUAAUGUUGAUGCUGUCGAAGAAUAUUACAAACGAAGAGAAUAGAUAUCGAUUUUGCUCCGUAACAGACCCACUGUUAGCUUCUAAAUUCAAAGCGACAUAUAAAGCCCUUCAACUCGCUCAAUUUUUAGCUGAAACUGCAUCAAGGCGAUACAAAAAGUGGCUUCCACUCGUUCUAACUGUUUUGGACGUUGAAAAGAAAACGUUUGUGGUCGUUGGAUACAGUUCUCCAAUUUCGAUCAAAAACAUGAACUACUUUGGUGCUAAAUUCAUGCAAACUGCCGAAAAAUUGAAGAUUGUGUUGCUUCAAAAAAGCUUUGACUCGUACAUCGCAGAAAUCCACAGAGACAAUUUGAUAAGGUAUAAGAGAGCACUUGUAAAGUGUUUCGAAACAAUUUGA